AUGUUUUUAUACAUCUGGAUCUGGAAUCAUAAGGAAAGAUUUCAAGGUCGUGGUGGUCGAUGGAGAUGGAUGGUAGUGGUGUGGUGGACGGUGUAUGUGAUCUAUGGUGGUGCAGACGGACAUUAUUUGGCAUCGAAACCUAUAACAAAAGGUAAAGGGACGAUUUCAACCGGUCGUAUUGUACUUCGUUCCCUUAAAGGUUCCGCAAAUCUCCCUAAGCUCUUCCGAUUACAUUUGCUGAACCUCUCUUCUUCACGAUCUGCCCACGUCUCUUUAACUCCUGACACUAUUAUUAACAUUUCAAAGUUUUGUACCGAUCAUGACGAUUGCUGAUUCGGGUGCCCUAAUGGAUAACGAAUCACUAUGCUUGCCGUGCACUCCAGAGGAAGAGCGAAGGAUUGUUAAGGAGUUAACAGAUAAGGCCGAAUCAUGUUUGAAAGAGGGCAACUUAUAUUAUGUCGUCUCCAACAGGUGGUUUACAAAAUGGCAGAAAUAUGUUGGUGAGGAAACUGGUGCAUAUCAGUUGGAAGAGCUUUCUAAUGAUAAACAGGCUUCAGCAUCUUCAAAAGUAGGCGAGAGACCAGGACCAAUUGAUAACACAGAUAUAAUUGCAAAUGAAGGUGGUCAUGAUGGCAAUGAUCUACAGCUUCCUAGAACACUUGUUGAAGGAGAAGAUUAUGUUUUAGUUCCUCAAGGGGUUUGGGAUAAGCUUCAUGGAUGGUACAAAGGAGGACCAGCUUUACCAAGAAAGAUGAUAUCAGUAGGAACACGGGAGACGUAUGUAGUUGAGGUGUUCCCUUUGGCAUUGACAUUGAUUGAUUCAAGAGACAAGAGUGAAAUAAUCAUACACAUAACCAAAAAGGCCUCAUUAGGUGAACUUCAUAAACAAGUAUCAGCACUUAAAGGGGUAGAGUCAGAAAAGAUACACAUGUGGGACUAUUUUAAUAAUGUCAAGCAUGCAGCUUUGGUGUAUUCGAAUCAAACCCUGGAGGAGGCUAACCUGCAGAUGGAUCAAUCUAUACUUUUAGAUGUGCAAGUUGAUGGAUUUAUACCAUCAGGCUGUGGCAUGGAUUCAACAGGAAACGAGUUAGCUUUGGUUCCCAUGGAGCCACAAAGGUCAACCCGCACAAUAGCAGGUGGCCCAAGUUUGUCAAAUGGUUAUGCAACAGAUUAUGGUUCUAGUUUGUAUCAAGGAGUCACUUUAAGCUCAAUAGAUAUGGAAGAUGUGCAUGAUUCUGUUAAAACUGGCCCAAAAAGAGAUAGAGGUUUAGCAGGAUUGCAGAAUUUGGGAAACACUUGUUUCAUGAACAGUGCACUUCAAUGUUUAGUCCAUACUCCACCUCUUGUAGACUACUUUUUGCAAGAUUACACCGAGGAGAUCAACAAGCAAAACCCUCUAGGAAUGCAUGGUGAACUUGCAGUUGCAUUUGGUGAAUUGUUGAGGAAACUUUGGUCAUCUGGUCAUACUGCAGUUCCUCCUCGGGCUUUCAAAGGAAAACUUGCACGUUUUGCUCCCCAGUUUAGUGGAUAUAAUCAGCAUGAUUCACAAGAACUUCUUGCCUUCUUGUUGGAUGGAUUACAUGAAGAUCUAAAUCGUGUGAAACAGAAGCCUUAUUUUGAGACAAAAGACUCUGAUGGACGUGCUGAUGAGGAAGUUGCAAAUGAGUUUUGGAGUUAUCAUAAAGCAAGAAAUGAUUCGAUUGUAGUGGAUGUCUGCCAGGGACAAUACAAAUCAACUCUGGUUUGUCCAGUUUGUGACAAAAUCUCAAUCACAUUUGACCCUUUCAUGUACUUAUCUUUACCUCUACCUUCAACUGCCACCCGUUCAAUGACUGUAACUGUAUUCUAUGGAGAUGGAAGCAGCUUACCAAUGCCAUUCACUGUAACUGUCUCAAAACAUGGCUGCUGCAAAGAUCUGUUCCAAGCUUUGUAUACUGCAUGCUGUUUAGAGAGUGAUGAAACCCUAAUUCUUGCAGAGGUUUAUGAUCAUAGUAUAUACAAGUUAUUGGAGAAUGGUGAUUCAUUGCAUACAGUCAAAGAUGAAGAAUUCAUUGUUGCCUACAGACUCCCUAAAAAACAAUCUGAAUUUCCCAAGUUAGAGAUUUGCCAUAGAUAUCUUGAGAACUCAAAGGCAGGUGAGAGGAAGAAGUUCUUGACACCAUUGAUUACCUAUUUAGAAGGUGCAAAAACAGGUGCUGAUAUCGAGGUAGCAGUGAACAGAGUUCUUGCUCCAUUAAAAAGGAAAGCUUUUUCAUCAUCGACAUCAUCAUCAUCAAAUGGUCAAAAAGUCAACGGGUCGGCUUCGGAACCCAUGGAAGAAUCCACUAGCGACUCUCUCAUGGAGGAAAACAAAGACUCUGAAGAAAAGUCUAAUGGGGAAUUAUCCUAUUUUUUAUGCAUAGCAGAUGAAAGGGGUAUGAGUUGCAGACCCCUGUUAAAGGAUACAGUUAUAAAACCUAACAAAAUGGUUAAAGUUAUGCUGGAUUGGACUGAAAAAGAACAUGAUUUAUACGAUGCAAAUUACCUCAAGGAUCUUCCCAUGGUGAAUAAGCCAGGUGUCGGUGUUAAAAAAACUAAACAAGAAUCCAUCUCGUUGUUUUCUUGUCUGGAUGCAUUCUUGAAGGAGGAGCCUCUAGGGCCUGAUGAUAUGUGGUAUUGCCCCGGUUGCAAGGAGCAUAGACAAGCAACAAAGAAAUUGGAUUUAUGGAGGCUGCCUGAUAUCAUAGUGUUCCAUUUGAAAAGAUUUUCAUACAGCCGAUUCUUGAAGAACAAACUGGACACGUUUGUGAAUUUUCCAAUUCACAAUCUGGAUUUAAGCAAAUAUGUGAAAAGUGAAGAAACGUCUGCUUCUGGUGGGUCUAAUGUUUAUGAACUGUAUGCUAUCAGCAAUCAUUAUGGGGGACUUGGUGGUGGCCAUUACUCUGCAUAUGCAAAGGGUAAUAUAAUUUAAAAAAAAAAUAGUUUUUGAUGAAAGCAAGUAAAAGUAAAAUUUUGUUUUGUUUUGUUGUAGUUGGUUGAGGAAGAUAGAUGGUAUCACUUUGAUGAUGCACAUGUGACAGCUGUAAGCGAAGGUGACAUCAGGACAUCGGCAGCUUAUUUGUUGUUUUACCAAAGAGUCAAAACAACUAAAACUAAAACCAAAACUAAACCUAACAAUGGUAAUGGUAAUGGAUCAGUAUCUGUGGGAGAGUCAUCAUCCCAUUCCCAUGAGGAGGAUUUUUGAAGAUUAGACAACAACUAGUCAGUAAUAACAAGGAAGGCCAAACUCAAACUCCUACUCUUAUCUCAGAUUUGGCUGAUCAAGGAAAAAAUAUAUUUUGAUGAGAAGUGGGAUGCAUAUGCAUUUCAGGGAUUUUGGGAUUUUAUAUAUAUAUAAUAUUUUUAUAUAUGUUGGAAGGAAGGAAAGAAGGAAAGAAGAAAGCAGCAGGGUGGUGUAGUUAUAUAUAUUUGUUUUGACUGCUAUUGGAAUUGGAAACAUUGUUGGUCGGUAUUUAAAGGUUUUUUAUUAUCCAUUUUGCAUAUACUACUUGAUACUUAUCAUUUUAACUGACUGCCACUGG